GCCUCGGACGCCCCAAGACCCGCCAAUGCACCAAGCCUCACGCCACCGGCAGACCACCUUUUUCCAAUGCAUAUGUUUUUUGCAAGAUCUAUAAAACCGCCUGGGCCGGCCGCCUCACGCAGAGGAUGACGGCACUGACACAUUCUCGAAAGAAAAAAAAGACGAAAAAGCUCUAACCAAAACUAACUACAAGAUGACUGCUCGGAUUGCCAUUGUCGGAGCCGGAGAGGUGGGCGCCGCCACGGCGUAUGCCCUCCUGCGAGGCUCCCUUUACAGCGAGCUGCUGCUGGUCGAUGUGAAGCCCGAGAAGAGAGACGGCCAGGUGCGUGACCUGUCGGACGCGUGCUGCGCCGAGGACAGCACCACCCGUGUCCGGGCCGGAACGGUCAAGGAGGCCGGCGAAUGUGACAUUGUGGUGAUCACGGCCGGGUCGAAGAGGACAAGAGGCGAGACCUCGCUUCAGCUGAUAGAGAGGAACACCGCCAUCCUGGAGAGGAUCAUCGACUCGAUGAGACCAUUCCGCUCGGAUCUCAUCCUGAUUGUCGUGUCGCAUCCCGUGGAUGUCCUCACGACGCUCGCCCAGAAACUCUCGGGCCUACCCAAAUCCCAAGUGAUAGGCUCAGGCACCUUCCUGGACACGGUUCGACUUCGGAGGAUGCUAGCCGAUAAAUACGAGAUCGCCCCGGGUCCAAUCAACGCGUACGUGCUGGGCGAGCACGGCGACUCGCAGUUCGUGGCGUGGUCGCACGCCUCGAUCGACGGGGUGCCGAUCGACGAGGCCGUGCCGCCGCGGGAAUUCAGCCGCGAGGCGCUGGCGGACGAGUGCAAGCGCGAGGGCCAGCGCAUCGUCGACACCAAGGGCGCGAUCGCGUUCGGCAUCGCCUCGGUCGUGGCGAGCAUCUGCGCGGCCGUGCUCUUCGACCGGCGCGACGUCCGCCCCGUCAGCCACUUCCAGCCCGAGCUGGGCUGCUGCGUGAGCAUGCCCGUCGUGCUGGGCCGGCACGGCGUCGUCAAGCCGCUCCCGCUGCCCCUGUCCGCCGAGGAGAAGGCCAAGUUGGCCGAGUCGGCGACCGUCGUCCGGGAGGCGACCCAGAAAUUACUCGGUCCUUAGGCGGGGAGGGUUUUGUCAAAACCGGUUCAAUGCGUCUCGUCUCGUGGGUUGAGCGGGCUUAGAGGGGUCAUGUGGGAUUGAACGGCUCAGAGUGUCAUGGGAUGUUCGAAUGGCUCAGAGGACAACGCGUGUAUAGGGUAUGGAUGGGCUCAAAGGGCCACACGUGUAUAAGGGUAUGGAUGGGUUCAAAGGUCCAAAGGCUUCAAAGGGGCCAGGGUGGACGGACGGGGUAACUGGACGAAGGGUGCUCCUCGGGGGGUGUUGCGUGGCAAUGUUUUCUUAUCUCACACGGCGUCUUUUGCUCUCACUAUUUCCCGACGUUUCCUUUCACUCCCUCCGUCGCCCAGUCCGGUGUCGAGACUACUGCUUUACGGGGUGCAACUGCUGCGUCAAGGGGGAACUUUACCAGGACCAGGACCAGGACCAGGACCAGGACUGGUCUGGAUGCGGGAAGUUGGGUUUUAAAGUCACUCACUCACUCACUCACUCAUCAAUGGCACUCCCUGCACACCCCAGGCUCUUGGAAAUGGAGUGUAGGGGAUUAGUGUUGGAUUGAAUCAAUUGAUAAAUCACAAGACAAUGCCCUCCAGAGACCUGCCUAAACAAAAACAAUAAGUGUUGAUUCAUGUCUCCCUCUUCAUAUUUUCGGUGCACGCUACCCUCUGAUUUGACAGUUGGUAGCUGGUCGGGCUGGACAUAUAUACAUGGAUACGGAUACGAUGGACAGCCAUAAGUAUUACAAUAGCUAUAGCAACAAGAGGUUUUUAUAGUGACA